AAAAGGCCCAGCCCAAAAAAAACCCUGAAACAAAUUAGGGUUUUCAUAAAAUCUGAGUUACCUCCUUCACUCCCCUCAAUCACAAAACCUCACCAAGAUUUUGGGACAGUUCUGCCAUUGACGCCAUAUCAAAUCAAGGAGCAACAAUGGUGAAGUAUUCAAAAGAACCCGAAAACCCCACCAAGUCUUGCAAGGCUAGAGGGUCGGAUCUCCGAUGUCAUUUCAAGAAUACCAGAGAAACUGCCUUUGCACUCCGAAAAAUGCCUCUAGGCAAGGCUAAAAGGUACUUGGAGGAUGUCCUUGCCCACAAACAAGCAAUUCCAUUCCGUCGUUUUUGUAGAGGAGUUGGCCGUACUGCCCAGGCAAAAAACCGUCAUUCAAACGGACAAGGACGUUGGCCUGUUAAAUCUGCCAAAUUCGUUUUGGACUUGCUAAAAAAUGCUGAGAGCAAUGCUGAAAUGAAAGGUUUGGAUGUCGAUUCCCUAUACAUCUCACACAUUCAGGUGAACCAAGCACAGAAGCAGAGACGCCGUACAUACCGUGCUCAUGGAAGAAUCAAUCCUUACAUGUCGCAUCCAUGCCACAUUGAGCUAACCUUGUCGGAAAAGGAAGAAGCUGUGAGGAAAGAGCCUGAGUCCCAGUUGGCCACCAGCAAAUAGAAGGGCGCUUUAUCUGAAGUAAAAACUUCGAGGGUCGAGUUCAUCAUUGAGGACUGAUUCUUUUUUGUUGUCAAUUUCUUGAUCACCAGAUGUUUUUUUUCUUUGUUUACUGUUCUUUCCCUGUGGAAUUUUGUGCUGUUGACAAGAUGUUAUUAGUUUGCAACUCUAUGUUUAUUGUGUUAUGAGAUUUAGCAAUUACCCCUAAUGAUUAUUUUGGAUUCUGUCUUUCGUGUAAGUGAAUAAGCUCACUUGUGAUUGUGGAA